AAGCGAUAUUGGAUGUUGGCGCAAUAUACAAACUUGUCUUCUACGGAGGUUCUUUGUUUGAGAUUUUAAAACACGGGGAUGUGAAAUGCCUGACGUUUUAACUUCGGUCUCAACUUCUCAUGAUUGUUCUGCGGAACGGAAACCGGAGAAGAAAAGUUCGUUACUUUCGUUCCGGAAUAUCUGUCAUUUAUGUUUUUUCCUGAUAAUAACCAUAAAGUUAUAUGGCGAAUAUUUUAAAAAUGUUGUUCUAGCCUUUUGGGUGUGCAUUUCAGUCAUUUUCAUGGGAUCUCAAACACAAAGAAGUAAUUUCAAUAUCUCUCAGCCAGCACUCGAGGUCUUUGUGGCAGUCUAUGCUCUUAAGGAAAUAGCCUUCGGUGCUUAGAAUGCUCCAAAGUUUCUUCGAGCCUAUGUUGGCUGAGGCUAGAAUUAAUAUUGUCAUCAUUGUUUUAGGUUUCUCUGAUUCUUCAUAUCGUAAGAUAUGCUUUCUUUACUCACUCAUAUCACUUUCACACGUGAUACUAGUACAAUACUCUUUAUGGCAUCAGGGUUUAUACGAUAUUCUUUUAGCUCAAACCUCCAGCUCAUUUUCAAGCUUAUCCCUAGUUCUUUGGUGUGCAUUAAUAUGCGACUGCUCAAUGAAAUUACUGCUGGUUUUUAUCAAAAGCACUGCUCUAUUUUUCUUGUCUAGAACAGUUGAUUGCUACACAAUGGGUUCAUUUUUGAGUAUGCUAGAGCAUAUAUUUCUACUUUUGAGACAUAUACCCUCUGGAAUACUUUGGAUAUAUUUUUUAAUGGAAUUUAAUUGGAAAUAUCAAGGCGUGUUGGCUGGAAGAAUCUUUGUCUGCUGUUUGUAUUGUAUUUUAAAAAUCUGUGUUGUUUUCUACGCGUGUAAAGAUGCUCUUCAAUUUUUCCGUUCUACAGUAAACGCUAAGCCGUAUACAAUCGAAUCAAAUACCCCAUCGAAUGAAGUUUGUUAUAUGUGCCUUGAACUAUACAGUAUUGUUGGUGUUCUCCCGUGCGGUCAUAAAUUUUGUGCUAAGUGUACAUCACGUUGGUGUAAUGCAUUCACCAGUUGUCCAUGUUGUUCCAGUCAAGAGUUACAGACAAAUUCAAAAUGGCGGGAUGGAUCAAUGGAUUUAUUCAUUCAAUUUUAUUGAUAAAAUAAGUGCGCGUAUAUUAACAGUUGUUAGUUAUUUUUUUCUUAAACUUUCUUAUUAUUUCUAUUGAUUGAACAUUCCUUAGAUUUAUUCUUUCUAUAAUAAUAUGCCAAGGUUUUGUGUGCGUGUGUGUUUGUGGGAUGUGGGUGGUUUUAUUAUGUGGAUAACCAACAGAUCUUGAGUUCGAAUCCCCACUCCACCUACACACGCACGCACAUACACACACAUCAAUCUGUCUGUUUUGUCUUUUUUUCUAUUCGUAUUUUUAUUGGUUGACGUACAUUGUCUGUGUGUGUGCAUGUGCGUGUACCUGUGUGUGUUUCUUUGUGAGUAACUUUAUUCACGUAUGUGUGUGAAUCCACUUCUAAUUGUGUGUGUGUGUGUACGCGUGUUUGUGCGUGUGUGUGUUAAUGGCUGUGAGAAAUAAUUAAAUUGUAUUUUACCGUUUCUUUUUUUUUAUACAGACUUUUUAUUAAAAUAUAUAUCUCAUUUAGUCUUUGUUGUGAUGAUCAGUCUUUUGUGUUUUGUAGGCAAAAAAUAAAAAUAAGUCUUCUUCAACUGAUGAUUCUCUUUAUUAUUGACACGAUAUUAGUGUAACAACAGAAGACAAGGGCCAGGCAACAGAUCGUUUGCUAAGGAAAUUCAACACAUAUUUAUAGAUUUUAAUGUACAUUAUUGUAGAUUAUUCUUAGUAGAAAAUACAGUCUUUUGAUUGGUUGUUUCUCACAGAAAGUUAACCUUGCAUCUCUUUGUGGCUGUGUCAAAUCAUCCAUAAGCUAACUGUAUCCGCCUACGCAAAGCCUUUGUUCUCAUUUUCUCACCACCAAUAUUGGGGACAUAAACACUGA